AUGAACUCCAUCAUCCUCAAUUACGACUAUGAACUUGAGUUGCUCCAAGACAUCCUCCAAGAGCCAAGUCACAUCCCCACAGACUUGGUAAUAUGCUCUCCAAAAGGAGAUUUUCUGGAACAGCUUCUCGUCCAGCUUGACCAACUACGCGUUCGACCCGAAGUACAGACACCACCGCUUCAGGAAGAGGUCAACACUCAGUCAGACGAGCGCUUGCCUGAACCCAAACGCAUUCUCCUCUCACAUACUCUGCAUGUUCUGAGUGCAAGUCAGUUCGUCAAUCUGGUCUUCUGUCCCAGCAUCCCUAUUCUCCGAGGCUAUCUCUCUGGCUACGUCUCACGCUCAGUAGCACCUUCAACCCAGCCUCCGGGUCCCAUCAUCAUUCUGAAUCUGCUGGCGAUGCACCACGGAACCUCUGAAUUUACUUUGCAAGGCCUCUCCCAGACACUUGCCACCGCAGUUUCUGCUGGUUACCGAACCAAUCGUGUGUUGAAGCUAGUGGAAUGCAAGGACAUCAAUGACCCUUUGAAUCCAAAUCGAGGUCCGCGUCUUUGGCAGGCCGAAGUCCAACUGCUCAGUGCAGCGGUCAAGAUAGGAGAGCCAGGUCAAAGCUGGGGACGCCGCACCAUUUCGGUCAUGAGGAUUGCAUCAAGAUGGUUCAGAGCCGAGGAACAGCACGAACGGAACCGACAGGAGCAUAAUCCAGUCGUUCAUGCCAGGAAUAGCCCUGACGAGGAAAUGCUUGUUUGA